CAAAGAGCAUCACUAGUAAAAUAAAAAAAAGUCUGCCCGGUGAUUCUAUUGUUUACAAGAUUUUAUUUUGAUUACAUAUCAAAUAUUUUAUCAAAAUGAAGGAUUCCAAAUCAGCCCAAACUCCAAUAGAGGAUUUGAAUGAACUGCGAAGUUAUUUCUCGACACACAAUGUAGUCCGCGAAUACAUUUCUCACAGUUCUAAAGUGCAUUCUGUAGGUUGGUCUUGCGAUGGGCGACGACUUGCUUCUGGGUCUUUUGAUAAAAGUGUAGCUAUAUUCAAUUUGGAGAGAAGCAGAUUGGUCCAAGAUUUUGUAUUCAGAGGUCACACAGGGUCCGUAGACCAGUUGUGUUGGCACGCCUCACAUCCAGACCUCUUGAGUACGGCCAGCGGGGACAAAUCUGUGCGAAUAUGGGAUACAAGAUCACGCAAAUGUUCAGCGACAAUAACAACAAAAGGGGAAAAUAUAAACAUUGCAUGGUCACCAAAUGGUGCUACCAUCGCAGUGGGGAACAAGGAGGACCUCGUCUCAUUCAUAGAUGCCAGAAAUUAUAAAGUUGUAAGUAUGUAUGUGACUGAAGAGCAAUUUAACUUUGAAGUGAACGAGAUCUCAUGGAAUAACACAUCAGAUUUAUUCUUCUUGACAAAUGGUCUUGGAUGUGUUCAUAUAUUGACAUAUCCCACCCUGGAGCUACAGACAGUAUUAAAGGCGCAUCCGGGCACAUGUAUAUGUAUAGAACACGAUCCCACGGGGCGAUACUUCGCCACGGGGUCAGCUGAUGCCUUGGUGUCACUAUGGGAUGUCAAUGAACUAGCUUGUUUGAGAGUAUUCUCUAGGUUAGAGUGGCCGGUCCGUACGUUGUCAUUCAGUUUCGAUGGUCGGCUGCUUGCGUCGGCGAGUGAAGACCACAUCAUUGACAUAGGAGAUACAGAAACUGGUGAGAAAGUAGCGGAGAUCCCCGUAUCAGCAGCCACGUUCACAGUGGCCUGGCACCCGGCGCGAUAUCUGCUGGCCUUCGCGUGUGAAGACAAGGAGCCGCCGGAGAGGAAGCGCGACGCCGGGAACUUGAAGCUGUGGGGCCUCAGCAACUCCUAGACUAUACCACUAUGCCAACUUUAAUAUUAGCUUACUAUAGGAAAUAUAAUUAUUAAGUAC